AGGUACUUACUUAGGUAGCCAGCUUGGGCUAUAUAUACGAUCGGUCCGAUACGUGCAAGGUGCAACAGCGCACCACAGAUCAGUCAGUGCAACGAACUCAUUUACGUACGAUCCUAGCUAGAGCUUGGACGAGGAUGUGCAACUGCGGUACGGUAGGACCUUCAGCUACGACCGGCAGCUGCACAUCCAUGUCCAAGCUCUACCUACUGUCGUCACUACUGUAGCUGCUCCACGCUCAGCGACCCCUGCGCCGCGCGUGUGCCCAUGGCGACGGAGGUGACCCUGCGCCGCUUCGACCUCUCGGACGUGGACGCCAUGAUGGCAUGGGCGUCCGACCCCGAGGUCGCCGCCUUCUGCCGCUGGGCGCCCUUCGCGUCCACGGAGACGGAAGCCCUGCUCGCCCACAUCCGGGACACCGCGCUCUCGCACCAGUGGUACCGCGCCAUCUGCCUCGCCGGCGACGCUCGCCCCGUCGGCUCGGUGUCCCUGGAGCCCACGGCUGACCCGUGCCGCGGGGAGCUCGGCUACGUGGUGGCCCGCGCGCACUGGGGCAGGGGCGUGGCCACCGCCGCCGUGAGGGCCGCGCUCGCCGCGGUGUUCGGCGAGGUGGAGGGGCUGGCGCGCGUGGAGGCGCUGGUGGACGUGGACAACGCGGCGUCGCAGCGCGUGGCGGAGAAGGCCGGGUUCCGCCGCGAGGGCGUCCUGCGGCGCCACUACUGGCACAAGGGCCGCGUCAGGGAUCUCGUCGUCUACGGCUUCGUCUCCGGCGACCCCUUGCCCCCAUCACAUGAGGAUGAGGCUCGGAGAUCGAUGGAGCGAGAAGCGGCAGCCCGGACGCCGGAGCGCGCGGACGAGGUGACCCUCCGGCCGUUCGACCUCGCCGACGCCAUGACGGCGUGGGCGGAACACCCCGUACUGGUACCGCCUACGGCCUCCAUGGCGUCGGGGGUCUACUUCUCCCCGCCCCGCGACGCCCUGCUCGCGUUCCUCCGGGGCACCGACCCUCCGCACACCUGGAUCCGCGCAGUCUGCCUCGGCGGCGCCAUCGUGGGCGCGGUGACCGUGUCGCGCACAGAGGACCGGUGCCGCGCGGAGGUCGGAACCGCGCUGGCGCGCGCGCACCGGGGCACGGGCGUGGCCGCGGCGGCCCUGAGGCGCGCGGCGACCGCGGCGUUGGGGGACCUGGAGGGCGUGGAGCGCGUGGAGGCGCUGGUGGACGCGGACGACGCCGCGUCCCGGCGCGCGGUGGAGGACGCCGGGUUCCGCCGCGAGGCCGUGCUGCGGAGCCACCGCGACGCCAAGGACGUGGUCGUCUACAGCCUCAUCUCCACAGACGACGACCCACUCAUCGGCUUACGCAGUUCAUGACGUCGUUGGCUUGUUGCCUUGCCAUGCGAUGCUAAUAAAAUUGACUCACGCAUCAUCAACACGAUCAAAUGUUACCAAGAAAAGAAACCGAAUUACAUUGCUGUGUUUCA